GGCGCCGAGUCGCACACGACACCGAGCAAAGCGGAUUAAAGCAGCGAUGGCCGGGGAGGCAGAGGACGAGAUCCCGGGAUCGGGGGCUGUUUUCACUUUCGGGAAGAGCAAGUUUGCCGACAACAUUCCCAGUAAGUUCUGGCUGAAAAACGACGUUCCUCAGGAGAUCGCGUGCGGAGACGAACACACGGCGUUGAUAACAGAAAACGGGAAACUCUUCAUGUUCGGCAGCAACAACUGGGGCCAGCUGGGUCUGGGCUCCAAGCUGACCGUCCACAAGCCCACCUGCGUCAAAGCUCUGAAGUCGGAGAAGGUCCGGCUGGUCGCCUGCGGACGGAACCACACGCUGGUCUGCACAGCGCGGGGCCGGGUGUACGCCUGCGGCGGGAACAGCGAGGGCCAGCUGGGGCUCGGCCACUGCGAGGAGAAGACCAGCUUCCACAGGGUCGACUUCUUCGACGCGCACGGACAGAUCAGGAUGCUCGCUGCCGGAUCCAACACGUCCGCCGCCCUCACAGCCGGCGGGAAGCUGUACAUGUGGGGCGACAACACGGAGGGCCAGAUCGGCCUGGGGAAGGAGAGCCAGGCCUCGUCGCCGCAGGAGGUCAGCAUGCGGCGGCCCGUCAGCUGGGUGUCCUGUGGAUACUACCACUCCGCUCUGGUGACAGUGGACGGGGUUCUGUACACGUUUGGCGAGCGGGACAGCGGGAAGUUGGGUCUGGGCACCGAGCAGCUGUCCGGACACCGAGUUCCUCAGCGGGUGAAGAGCAUCACGGAGCCGGUGAGGCAGGUGGCGUGUGGCGGCGGACACACGGUGGCGCUGACAGACGACCACGUCUUCACCUUCGGCCUCGGCCAGUUCGGCCAGCUCGGCCACGGCACCUUCAUCUUCGAGGCCCGGCUGCCGCGGGCGGUGGAUCACUUCCGGACGGGCCGGGUGAACCGGGUGUCCUGCGGGGAGAACCACACGGCCGUCAUCACGGACGAUGGCGUGCUCUACACGUUCGGCGACGGCAGACACGGGAAGCUGGGCCUGGGGGAGGAGAACUUCACCAACCAGUUCCAGCCCACGCUGUGCCGGCGGUUCCUCGGCUGCCACGUCCAGGCCGUGAUGUGCGGCGGCUGCCACAUGGUGGUGCUGGCCCGUCCGCGGGACCCGGGCGGCGCCGACGUGACCCUGGAGGAGGACGACGUGACGCAGGACUUCCUGCUGGGGGAGUCGGACGGCGGCUCCGCCCUGCGGAGGAGCCUGUCCGCCCGGGUCCGCCGGAGGGAGAGGGAACGAUCUCCGGACCAGUUUGGUGCCAUGUUCUGCACGCUGCCCAGUGGGCCGUCCGGCCCGGUCCUGGCGCCGCUGCCCGUCCUCGACCAGACGGUCCCGGCCCGACCCGCCAGGAAGCUGCUGAACGGAGCCCGGCGGCCGGGCAGCACCGGGUCGACCCAACGGGAGCAGACCCGGUUCCAGGCUGACAGCGCCGAGGACGGUCUGACUGACGCCGACAGCGUUGGAGGGCUCGGAGAAACCACAGACUUCCUGAACAUGACUCACGUGAUGAAGAUGGAGCCCGGCGAGAAAACUCUGGCCCUGUCUCCACUUCAGAAGGAUGUGGCGGAGAUGAGGAGGAGAGAUGAUGAUGGCGAGGAGGAGGAGGAAGAGGAAGAGGAAGAGGAGGAGGAGCACGAUACUCCAGCCAAACAGAGCAGGAUGUGCUGGUGUGAGUGCGGGCGCUGA